AUACGUGCCUUUAACCCUUUUAGCCCUUACGGGAUCUUUAGAUCCUGCCUUACAAUCGUCGCUAUUGUAACACGGUUUAUUGCUGUAAGCUAGAGAUCGCCUGUGGGGAGUCUCAGCACCCAUCUAUAAUUGUGAAUCAUCGGUCAUUUGGCACCUGCUGUGUUUAUAUGUCGCGAAAAUGACAGAUGAAUGAAACUUUUCUUGGCAUAGGACCUACAGAAUUUCACCUGUCUUUUCGACCACUUCUGGAUGGUUUAUAGGGUAUGGCAGCACAAGCGAGGCCUGGACGACGAAUCAGUGGCAGUAUUGCUGGAAAAUCUCCCGUCGGAUUAUGGAGACACAGACACUGAAGAUGACACAGAUGAUGAGGCUCCAGGUUCUAGAGACCUUAUCAACAAUGAUCCACGUGUUCAAGAGGAAUGUUGCACUAUUAUCAUUGGAGGUGAUGAGACGGCUCCUGAUGCUGAUGUAGGGAACCCUGAUAUGGAUGGAAGGCCUAUAACAUCGGAGGAUGACCAAACCUCACAAGUAAAUAACAAGAACAAAGAGCGUCGCAGAUGGAGGAAGAAAUCACAAUCAAUAGAAGAGGGAGUUUCGACCAGAGCAAAUUGGUGCAAACUCAGCUACAAACCCAACUGAUGCCUUUUUCCUAUUUUUUGAUGCUGAACUGGUUGACAGACGUAGUAUUUGAAACAAAUUUGUACUGCACUCAGAAAGGAAAAGUUGGAAAUAUUACGAUAAAUGAAA